AUGGUACGACUUACGAUGUCGCCUUCCAUCGUGGAGGGUUUGCAGAAGCUGGCUGAGGCCAGGCCGGAGAUGGACGAUGCGAAAGUCCACGAAGUAGAGACAGACGAUGCAGAGCAAACGCCAGAGCCGACACCUGCAUUAGGAACAGAGGACAAUACUUCAAUACCAGAAGAGCCGAGUCUUGACGAACCUGCUGUCGGAAACCCCAUCACCCACAGUCAGGUACUGGAUCUGUGGAGGAACCUCAAGCAAGAAGAGGUCGAUGGCUUCUCCCUGGAAAGCUUGCUGCGGGGAGCCAAGGUGUACAUCCCGCCGCCGCCCCCAAAACCUGAGCCGUCCGACGAGUACAAGGCCCUCAUGGCCCGCCUACGACGCGAAGAGGAAGAGCGAACCUACCAGCGCAUGUUGAAGCAACCCUCCCGAAUGGAGGCCUUUUCGCAGCAGUUCCCCAACGCCUCUUCCAGAGCACACGUCUUCGCCGAGGUCAACCGGCCGAUGCGCGAAUCCGACAACGGCGACGACGAAGUUACAUUCGGUGAUGUUCAAAAGCAGGUCAUGGUCAUUCUCAACUUCCUUCUGAGCGUCGUCGGCGUAGGUGCGACAAUCUGGAUCGCGGCUCGCUGGUGGAGCCUCACAUCUCGCAUUUUCUUGACUAUGGGUGGAUGCAUCGUGGUGUUGAUCGCUGAGGUCGCCGUGUACUCUGGCUAUGUCUGGAGAAUGACAGAGGCCAAGGCGAGUCGGAAGGAGCCCAAAGAAAUCAGGGAGGUGAUGCAAACAUGGGUUGUGGGCCAAGACGAAAAGACAAGCGACGGGGACACGGUGUUGCUCGACACGAAGAUGCAAGAUACGGACGAGGGUAUACGACGACGACUGAAGGGCUCGACAUAG